CUCGCUCAUUCAUUAUCGGUAGCUGGGGCGUCCAGAUUCCUUUCUCCCUUUUCUCCUAUCCAUUGGAAAUCAACCGCAAAAAAUGGACUCGGCACCGGUUUUCACGGCCCUGUGCGCCCUAAGCUCUAUCAUUGUUCGCGUUGGGAGUUAUGUGUUCUUGCGAUGGAUGCCCGGACAUGUUUUCCCCACGGCAAUAUUCACCGCGUACGGGAUUUAUGCGUCUCUUUUCGCUAUCUUGUAUUUGGGCAAGCCGUCGUACGAAGUGGUAGCUAGUUCCUCCGAAAUCAACAUUUUGCCGGCCGACCACGAUGCCAAAACGGCAUCAAGACGAGCAGCAACGGGCGGAAGAGCGACCAGAGAUACAAGAAAGCCAACUGCAAUCGAGGCUACUGAAACAACCAUCUACCGAAGGCGCCAGCCCCAUCCUCUCAAGCACCUCCUCUGGGGCACCCCCUCCGUUUCCGGGAAGCUAAGUCUAGUAACGUUUGCGAUAAAUACGCUGCUUGCUGCCGCAACAUGGGAUCUAACUUUUCGAACAACAUACUUCUAUCCUAGCAAAAAUCUCAGUUUUGCUCGCAUCGGUCAUGUCGGUCCUGAUUCCGCGAGAGUCCUGUUGCGAGAACCAGACUCUACCCGCUACCCACUUUCAGUAUGGUAUUCGCACGGCGAAGACCCUACGAUUGACUUGCAUCUCGUUGACACGAUCCCCUCCCUGUCUGAAGAAACGGAUUUCACGGGGACGUUAGCAAUUCAUCACUUAACGCCGGAGACGAAGUAUCGGUGGUAUACUAGCUCGAAUUAUUCUGGGACUUUCACCACGGCUCCGCGACAAAACGAGGCACCGAAGGGGGGCAGGUUUACUUUUUUGACGACGAGUUGCAUCAAGGCGAAUUUCCCGUACGAUCCUACAAGGCAUCCGUUAGCGGUGAAGGGUUUUAGAGAUUUGAGCGGGUGGGUGGAAAAGUUGGAGGCGAGGUUUAUGUUGUUUUUGGGGGACUUCAUUUAUAUCGAUGUGCCGAGGAGGCCAGGGCUUGACAAGGAGAGCUAUAGGCAACAAUACCGCCAGAUCUACGCCUCCCCGGACUGGCCUUCGGUAGGGGCUAACCUCCCAUGGAUUCACGUAAUUGACGACCACGAAAUCGCCAACGACUGGUCUUCAAAUACUACGGGCGUUUACCCCGCGGCGAUAGAUCCCUUCAACAUCUACCAGCACUCUGUCAACCCACCUCCUGUCCGUCCGGCCGGUGACCCCUACUACACCUUCGACUACGGUUCCGCGGCCAGCUUCUUCAUGCUUGACACACGCACCUACCGCUCCCCCGUCCACUCCCCUGAUGGCCCGGAAAAGACCAUGCUCGGGGCACGUCAAAAGGCCGACCUCCUGCACUGGCUGUCUCAAGGUAGCGGUUGGAAGAUAAUCGCUAGCAGCGUCCCCUUUACCAAAAACUGGCGUGUGAACGGCCGAGACACAUGGGCUGGAUAUCUUUACGAGCGCCAGGAACUCCUUCAGCAAAUGUGGAGAAUCGGCGGUGGGCGAGUGGUCAUCCUUUCCGGUGACCGCCACGAAUUCGCCGCGACGGCUUUCCCUCCACCACCAGAUUCUGGGUACUCAAUUGCUAGCACUGUCCACGAAUUCUCAUGCUCCCCGUUGAAUCAGUUCUUUGUGCCGAUUAGGACAUAUAAGCAGCUCGACAAUGAGGAUCUGCUGAUCAAGUAUGUUCCAGAUGGGAAUAGAAAGUUUGGAGCCAUUACAGUUGAUACAACGAACGAAGAGCAGGGCGUGCUAAAGUACAGGCUUGUGGUUGACGGGAGUGAGAAGUGGAGUUGGGUGCUUACCGCACCUAGGGUUGUGGAGGAGAGGUUGCACAAGGAGAAGGAGAGAGGGAAGUGGUGGAGCUGAAGAGUAUAAGAUAAAAGAGGGGUAUUUGGGGGUAAGUCUACUUUUAGAUAGAUUUAUUGGAGAAUGCUUGGAUAGGGGUUUUUCCUUUUUUUAUUAGCUCUGGCUUGGUUGCUGGCUGGGUGGGUUAGUGAUUAGUAGUUUUGUUGGACAUUUGUUUUCCAGGUAAUCAAUUGGGUUAUCCCUUCAUCAUAUGCCGAAUUUCGGGUAUGAUACUUUUA